AUGAAGCAUAUUUCUCCUAUUCUCUCAGGUGCCUUAUGGUUGGCAGGUGUAGCUAUAGGGCUUGCGAUGCCCAAGACCUAUGCGGCCGACAGGUCGUACAGCCUCAUGUCGGAGGCGGGAACCAACUUCAGCGUCUUUGAGCACGCGGCCACGAACUCGAGGACGAGGUUUGUCCAGAACUCGGGUAUCUGCGAGACGACCAAGGGGGUGAAGCAGUACUCGGGCUACUUUGACGUCGGGACCGACCAGCACACGUUCUUCUGGUUCUUCGAAGCUCGAAACAACGCCAGCACGGCGCCACUCGCCUUGUGGUUGAGCGGCGGACCCGGGUGUAGCUCUAUGCUCGGCCUCUUCCAGGAAAACGGGCCGUGUACAUUCAACAAGGGCGGCGGAGCGGAACCGACGCUGAAUCCCAACUCAUGGAACAAUUUCGCCAACAUGCUCUAUGUCGACCAGCCGAUCGGGGCCGGUUUCAGCUACGGCUCGGACAACACCACGAGCACGGUCAAGGCCGCGCCUCAGGUCUGGGGGUUGAUGCAAUCCUUCUACAGCAAGUUCCCGGAAUACAAGAACCGAGAUUUCGGUCUGUUCACCGAGUCGUACGGCGGCCACUACGGCCCGGAUUUUGCCGCCUACUUUGAGGACCAGAAUGCGAAGAUUGAUCAAGGGUCGGUCAAGGGCGACAAGAUCAAGCUGGUUGCCCUUGCCACGCAGUACCGCGAUUAUCUCGACUACGCGGUCAACAACACGUACAAUAAGCUCAUCGACCAACGCAAGUAUAACGAGCUUCUCAAGGCCUACGAAAAAGACUGCGAACCGGCCCUGAACAAGUGCACCAAGAUUCAGGGCCAGAACGAGGCCUGCAUGGCGGCCGAGAACGCGUGCUACAAUGCCGUGGAAGCCCCGAUUGAAUCCGCCAAGACCUUCAACGUGUACGACGUCAGGGCUGCCGAGGGUAACUUCCCGUCCGACGCGUACGUCCAGUAUCUGCAGAAGCCCGAGGUUCGGAAAGCCAUCGGUGUGACAUCGCAGUAUCAAGAGUGCGCGGACGCGCCUUAUGAUAGAUUUGCUUCCACGGGAGACGGCCAGAGAUCGUUCCUCACCAUGCUUCAGGACGUGACCAAGACGGGCGUCCAGGUUCUCAUCUGGGCCGGCGAUUCAGAUUGGAUCUGCAACUACGUGGGGAACUACAACGUGGUCAAGAAGAUCGGAGGCGAAGAGUUCGAAAAGGCGGAGAUGAAAGACUUUAAUCUCAAUGGCAAAAAACGGGGAGAGUACAAGACCGUCAAGAAUUUGAGCUGGCUGAGGGUAUACGAGGCCGGCCAUGAGAUACCGGCGUAUCAGCCAGAAGUCGCUUUCGAGGUCUUUAGGCAAACCAUGUCCAAGAAGCCUAUUUCCUCUUCAUAGAUAGGUAGGGGAGAGGGAAGAGAGAAGAGGAAAGACCGGGGCCAAAAUAAGUGGCAAAAAAAGAAACCCCCUGGGGGGAAAAAAGAAGAAAGAGAAGAAGAAAACCAAGAUGAGACGAAAGACCCGGAGAAGGGGUCGUGGCCGGAGCCGGACAACCUGUGUGCCGAGCCCCCCCAACGGUUCCAUCCAGUAUCCAUGUUUAGUAACAUCAACAGCACUACUAUACCCAGUAGUCUACGCUUCGGACCGUGCCCAGAGGCGCUUGUGUGGGGGUGGUGACGGAGAUCUGGUUACCAGGUUACACGGAACCACGUGCAGAUGAAGAGCCGUUGCAACGGCCGAAGCCAUCUCCGCCUACGUAGUAGCCGCGGGUCGUUCGUGCGACACUGUUAUGGUGCACACAUAGCCCCUCCUCUGCCCCCUCGGGGCCG